AUGGAGAACAAAGCCAUGUACCUGCAUACCGUGAGUGACCGCGACACCGGCUCCAUCUUUGAGGAGCCCUUUGACGGCAGGAGCCUGUCCAAGCUGAACCUGUGUGAGGAUGGUCCGUGCCACAAACGACGAACAGGCGGCUGCUGUACCCAGCUCGGCUCCCUGUCGGCCCUAAAGCAUGCUGUCCUUGGGCUCUACCUGCUGGUCUUCCUGAUUCUCGUGGGCAUCUUCAUCUUAGCAGUGUCCAGGCCCCGGAGCUCCCCGGACGACCUGAAGGCGCUGACUCGGAACGUGAACCGGCUGAACGAGAGCUUCCGGGACUUGCAGCUGCGGCUGCUGCAGGCUCCGCUGCAGGCCGACCUGACGGAGCAGGUGUGGAAGGUGCAGGACGCGCUGCAGAACCAGUCGGACUCGCUGCUGGCGCUGGCGGGCGCGGUGCAGCGGCUGGAGGGGGCGCUCUGGGGGCUGCAGGCGCAGGCGGCGCAGACAGAGCAGGCGGUGGCCCUGCUGCGCGACAGCACGGGCCAGCAGAGCGACGCGGCGCAGCUGGAGCUCUACCAGCUGCAGGUGGAGAGCAACCGCAGCCAGCUGCUGCUGCGGCGCCACGCCGGCCUGCUCGACGGGCUGGCGCGCAGGGUGGGCGUCCUGGGCGAGGAGCUGGCGGACGUGGGCGGCGCGCUGCGCGGCCUCAACCACAGCCUGUCCUACGACGUGGCCCUCCACAGCACGCGGCUGCAGGACCUGCAGGUGCUGGUGAGCAACGCCAGCGAGGACACGCGCCGCAUGCGGCUGGUGCACAUGGGCAUGGAGCUGCAGCUCAAGCAGGAGCUGGCGGUGCUCAACACCGUCACCGAGGACCUGCGCCUCAAGGACUGGGAGCAUUCCAUCGCCCUGAGGAACAUCUCCCUGGCCAAAGGACCACCGGGCCCCAAAGGUGAUGCAGGGGAUAGAGGGAAGGAAGGCGAGCCUGGGAUCCCUGGAUUACCUGGACUUCGAGGUCUGCCGGGGGAGAGAGGAAUCCCAGGAGUGCCAGGCCCCAAGGGCGAUGAUGGGAAGCUGGGUGCCACAGGACCGAUGGGCAUGCGUGGGUUCAAAGGUGACCGAGGCCCAAAAGGAGAGAAAGGAGAGAAAGGAGACAGAGCGGGGGCUGCCAGUGCCGUGGACGCCGUGAUGAUCCGGCUGGUGAAUGGCUCUGGGCCGCACGAGGGCCGCGUGGAGGUGUACCAUGACCACCGCUGGGGCACCGUGUGUGACGAUGGCUGGGACAAGAAGGAUGGGGACGUAGUGUGCCGCAUGCUGGGCUUCCGCAGCGCAGAGGAAGUGUCCCGGACGGCUCGAUUUGGGCAAGGCACAGGGAGGAUUUGGAUGGAUGAUGUCGCCUGCAAGGGCACAGAAGAUACCAUUUUCCGCUGCAGCUUCUCCAAAUGGGGGGUGACAAACUGUGGACAUGCUGAGGAUGCUGGGGUGACGUGCAACAGACACUGAAAGUGGGAACAGCCUAAGGUCCAGGCCCUGCUGCUGAGGCUCCUUCCUGCAUUCCCAGGGUGGGGGCAUCACUUGGGGCUACCCUGACCAUGCCUCUGUCCUGCCCAGUCCAGCAUCCCUCUACCUGUAUCCCUAUCCCAGGACCGUGGUGGCCUGUUGGCAUUCUCUUGGACAUCUGCUCCAAAGUGCAACUCUGGGAUCUACUGCCUGUCUCUCCCUUCCACCAGGGUUCCUGCAUGUAGAACCCUGGUCAACUGGAUCACCAUUUUGCCCGGCCUUCUAAACACCAUGCAUCGGGCCUCAAUAUUCACGUUCCCUUUGGUCUGUUAGUUAUAAAUGAAUGCUGAGAGUAUGUUGCAUCAAAUGCAGCAGUGGAGAUGGGAAGGAAGUAUAACAGAUCAUUUACUCCUCAGAUAGUUCCAAACCUCAGUUAGGCCAAGAGUUUGACGUCUUCCUUCCCAGCAAGAGAAUGAUUAUUUUUCCCUCUAUAUUCUGCCUCUGCACACCGUUUGUUAGUUUGGGGACGUGACGUAGAGGAAGAGGCCAGCUGUAGCAGUGAGAGAGAAACGGAAGUCAGCUGCAGGAAUCAAUCUGGAUUUGGAGGAGGAGAGUGAAACUAACAUUUAUUGAAUGACUGCCAUGUGUGCUACAUAGUCUCUUGGGUGCUGAAUUCAUUUAUCCACUUUGCAGCAUUUCUACAAGGCAUGAUAGCUUGGGUAAGACCUUACCACCAGGUAGCACUCAACUGACCCAUUCACCUGGCCUAUACGUCAGAAGAUUGAGAAUGACUGAGACCAUUAUUUCUACUUGAACCUUAGUGUGUCUUUGCUAGGCUUGAGCAAGAAGCUCGGGUAUAAGACAUGUGUGACUAGAAGGUUAUGUACUCCAAAACCUAUGGAGUGUGGGCACAAGAUCAGACAUGACUGGCUUCCAGACCAACCAUCCACAUAGGAGGAAAGCUGAUUGGGGGAGUGAUAUAGUGGCUGUGUGGGUUAAACCAAGACCAAUACUCAGUCAUCUUGCAGUCAGGCUUAAAGCCAAGUCACCUGUGUCUCAGAGCUGUUUG